UUGAGCAAUUUCAAAUUUCAAAUUAAAAACUCUACAUUUUCCCCAUUUUUUAACCAAAAUAAAUUGACCCAUAACUCACACCAGUAUAUAAACAGAAAACCCACACAUUCUUUGUCCUGCCAGUGAGAAAGAAAAUGGGGGAGCAACAGCAAGUAGAAGAAUUGAGCCAUGAAACACACCUUUCCACAAGAAAGAAAGGUGGUCUAGUCACCAUGCCUUUCAUCAUAGCAAAUGAGGCGUUUGAGAAGGUGGCAAGUUAUGGUUUGGUGCCCAAUAUGAUACUUUAUUUGAUGAGUGAUUACAAGAUCAGUGUAGCUAAAGGCACAAACAUACUCUUUCUUUGGACUGCAGCUUCCAAUUUUGCUCCUGUUUUGGGUGCAUUUCUUUCAGAUUCUUAUCUGGGUCGGUUUCUCACCAUUGGUUUAGGUUCCUGCUUUUCACUUCUGGGGAUGUUCUUGCUCUGGUUAACAACAAUGAUUCCACAUCUAAAACCACCUCCAUGCAAGCCACUAACCGAAACCUGCAAACAAACCACACAUUCUCAGUUUGCUUUUCUGAUCUUUGCUUUCGUAUUCAUCUCGAUGGGGUCAGGUGGUGUACGACCGUGUUCUUUAGCCUUUGGUGCCGAACAAAUAGACGAUAAGAACAAUCCUAACAACGAGAGAGCGUUAGAAAGCUUUUUCGGGUGGUAUUAUGCUGCUGGUGCGGCUGCGGUUUUGGUUGCUUUCACUGGCAUUGUGUAUAUUCAAGAUCAUGCGGGAUGGAAGGUCGGUUUUGGGGUUCCUGCGAUUCUUAUGUUGUUAUCGACAGUUUUGUUCUUUGUUGCUUCUAGACUUUAUGUGAAAAUGAAAGUCAAAAAGAGCAUAUUUACUAGCUUGCUGCAAGUGAUUGUGGUUGCGUAUAAAAACCGAAAAAUCCCUUCUCAGCCACCGAAUUCUGAUGGGUGGCAAUACCAUAAGGAUUCGCCCGAUGCGCUGCCCACCAAGAGACUAAGGUUCUUGAACAAAGCUUGCAUCAUUCAAAACCCAAAAGACUUAACCCCAGAUGGAAUUGCAUCGGACCCAUGGAGUUUAUGCACGGUAGAACAAACCGAAGAACUAAAAGCACUAAUCAGAGUUCUACCAUUAUGGUCUUCAGGAAUUAUGAUGUCAAUAAACGUUAGUCAAUCGUCAUUUCCAGUCAUCCAAGCAAGCACCAUGGAUAGACACAUGGGACCCAGCUUCCAAAUUCCCGCCGGUUCCUUCGCUUUCUUCACAAUCGCGGUUAUAGCCCUAUGGGUCGUUUUAUACGACCGUGUUAUAAUCCCAUGCGCGUCAAAGAUCAGAGGGAAACCGGUUCAUAUUAGUGUUAAACUAAGAAUGGGAAUCGGUUUAGUUUUCUCUACUAUGGCGGUGGUGGUUUCCGCCAUUGUUGAACAGGCUAGAAGAAAACAAGCAACCAAACAAGGAUUACUCAACAACCCACAAGCGGUUAUUGCCAUGUCAGCAAUGUGGUUGGUCCCACAAUACUGCCUACAUGGAUUAGCCGAAGCUUUUAGUGCAAUCGGUCAAAACGAGUUUUACUAUUCAGAGUUCCCGAAAAGUAUGUCUAGCAUUGCAGCGUCUCUUUUCUUGUUAGGAAUGGCGGUUGCUAACUUGUUGGCUAGUCUUAUAUUAAGCACGAUUGAACGCCUCACAAAACAUGGCGGUAAACAAGGUUGGAUCGCCACUAACAUUAACCAAGGGCGGUACGAUAGUUACUAUUGGGUUCUUGCUAUAAUGAGCUUUGUGAAUUUGUUCUAUUUUGCGCUGUGUAGCUGGGCUUACGGCCCAUGUGCUGACGAAAUGGCGAAAAACGAGCCCGAAACUAACAACGGUAAUGACCCGAUUGGACCGUUACAAAGAUCAAGAUCUGUAGUCGAUGAAAAGCGAACUCUUUUCAAAAGCUCACCAUCAUAAGUGACUUGUUGAAAAUAUUGUGUAGGCGAGUGACGACACAGGAUAUCUUUUGUUAGCAUGUGAUCGGUCAAAAACCCGAAUGAAGAACGAGUGUUGGUGAAUCAAGAAACUGAUCCAAUGGCUCGACGUCGGGUGGUGUUUAGUUCCAUUUGGUUUGAUGUGUGGUGAUAGAUGGUGGGAGAACAGUUGUUUGUGCCUUUGUGGCUGGUGUUGAUAGGUUUUGUUUUAGAUUUAUGUUACUAUGUUGUAAUAGGUUCGGAAGUUGAAUAUAUUGUUAUACUUGUAAACAUAAAUGUUAAGUGUGUUUAAGGUUUUUGUUUGUACCAUAUUUUAUUUAGAUGUUUGAAGUUGUAAACAAGGGCCUUCUGGAUUAGUGGAUUGUAUUAUUAUCUUA